CUCAGUGGCUCAUACGCGACUACUCCGCAAACUGGAAUCACUUUAAAAGUUUCUUCUUUCAGACACACGCAGCAAUACAUUGCAUCACCUCUUCCCACCCUGCACACGCUGAUGAAGCUCUGCUUCUCCACUUGAGAAGAUGAGCCUGAGGAUGUUAGUCUUGUCCUUUCUGAUUGUGCCGUGGACGAUCUGUUCAACAGCACAGCGUGAUAAAAUGGAGUUGCGACCUAGAGGUUUAGCGAGAAGAGUGGAAUUUGGAGAAGUGUACCCUGAUAAUGUUUUCAUGGAAGCCAAGAAACCAAAGAAAAAAGUCAUUGCAGCACCAGAAAGUACAGAUGAUACAGAUGACCAAAGCCUGACAGAUGACAAAAAAGAAGCAGAUCUGCCCACUUGUUUGCUGUGUGUGUGUUUGACUGGCUCAGUGUACUGUGAGGAGGUCAGCCCGGAGAUGAAAACAGUGCCAGCAUUACCAAAAGAAACCACAUAUCUCUAUGCACGCUUCAACAAAAUCACUAAAAUUACUAACAAGGACUUUGCAGACAUUGCUACAUUGAAAAGGAUUGACCUGACUGGCAAUCUUAUCUCUGAGAUAGAGGAUGGAGCCUUUUCUAAAUUGGUCCAACUGGAGGAACUAUCUCUGUCUGAGAACAGACUGGUCAAAUUACCAAUGUUGCCUCCAAAACUCAUCUCACUCAAUGCCAAUCACAAUCAACUCAAAACAAAAGGCAUCAAAUCAAAUACUUUUAAGAAACUCAACAAACUGGCAUACCUCUACCUUGGCAACAAUGAGCUGGAGGCCAUUCCACUACUUCCUGAGAGUCUGUGUAUCGUCCAUCUACAUAACAAUAACAUAACCACCUUGACGGAUGAAACGUUCUGCAAGGGCAAUGAUACUCACUACAUCAGGUACAACAUGCUGGAGGUGCGCCUGGAUGGGAACCCACUAAUCCUGGCUCAGCAUCCCAACAGCUUUAUCUGCCUGAGAUCUCUGCCAAUCGGACACUACAAGUAAAGAUGAGGGCAAGGAAUUGUACAACAUAUGUAUUGACAAGGAAGUGGGAAAACUCAAUGUUAUUACAGUGUUCUGUAAUGUAGCAAUAUUCAAAUAUUUUAAUUGUUAAUAAAUACAUCUUGUUUUCCCAUUA